CAAAGAGGCUCAGAUGUGCCCCCUCUGUGCCGGCCGAAAAGUUUAGUAGUGACAGUAACUGGCCGUGGAGCGGGAUAGUGAAUUGGUUUUGGGUGACUUAUGGGAGUUUUUUCCACUGAAAGAACGUUUUCGUCCGUUUUGUGCUGAGUGUUAGGCAAAAGGCGCCAGUUUUUCUCUGUGGGAUACUGCAACACGGUUUUUGCAUGAUAUUCAACUCAAUCAUCAACAACAUGCUCAAAGAACGAGAGUCGUUUGAGCGAGGUCCCUCCUCUCCAUGCUCCAGCAUGGGGGCCUCCCCCUUGGGAGAGGCCUCCUCAUGUGCAGGAUGUGGAGGACGAAUCCAAGACCGCUACUAUCUGCUGUCAAUGAACAAACAAUGGCACGCUUGCUGUUUGAAAUGCUGCGAAUGCAAACUGCCCCUGGACUCGGACUUGACUUGUUUCGCUCGCGAGGGAAAUAUUUAUUGUAAGGAAGAUUAUUACAGAAUAUUUGCUGUAUCAAGAUGCGGAAAAUGCCACACUGGAAUAUCAGCAAAUGAACUAGUGAUGCGAGCCAGAGAUUUGGUCUACCAUCUUCAUUGCUUCUCCUGCACUUUAUGUGGCAUCCCCCUAUCAAAGGGCGACCAUUUCGGAAUAAGAGAAGGCCUGAUAUACUGCAGGUUGCACUAUGAAAUGAUGGACACUUUCGACCCUCAUGACACCCCUUUAUUUUCGGGUGGCGAAUCACCUGGUUACUACCCAUCAAACACACCACCUCAAAGCCACAAAGGCAGGCCGAGGAAACGAAAACCGACAGUAGAAGACGCGUGUGGUGAAAUUCCUGUCGGAAUGCGGAUGGCAGCUGCAACUUUGGAAAUGCUUCAUCAGGGCGAUUUAUCGUCCUCCAUGGAGUCCCUCUCGUAUGACUCCUCGGUUACAUCGCCUGCUUCAAGCAACGGACAUCAAAGCCAAAGAACUAAAAGAAUGCGAACUUCCUUCAAACACCAUCAGCUGAGAACGAUGAAAACGUACUUUGCAAUCAACCAAAAUCCGGACGCCAAGGACUUGAAACAACUCGCCCAAAAAACUGGCCUGUCCAAACGCGUUCUUCAGGUUUGGUUUCAAAACGCGCGAGCCAAAUGGCGAAGAAAUCUGAUGCGACAAGAAGGAACUCAGGGAAAUAACAACAACAACAACAACAUCCAAUCAACUGGACCAAGCAGUUCCCCAACUGGUUCAGCCAUUCUGGAGAACAGCCUGUCGCAUCAAAGUCUGGAAGACUUGCACCAUCAUCUACAUAAUCAGAACUCGCAAAGUUUAGCAUUUAGCGAUAUCUACUAAAAUGCAUUAGUUGCGGCCGAAUGGGCCCCGAACGAAUCAUUCCAAAUUGCAAAGUUUGCAUUUUUUUGUUAUUUAUUGUUCGCAUCAGUUUGGACUUUUGUGCAAUGUUUUGCCAGGUUUGUGCACUAAUCAAACGAAUGUCGCUCUAGUGAGCUGUGUUAUUCAUACCGUGUAAAUACAAAAUAGACAAGCUUAGGUGAAGUGUGAACACAUUUAAACAAUUUGUUUUUGUAAAUAUAUUUAGUACGA